AUGCAGAUAAAUUUUGAACCAAUGCCGAAUUCAGUAACGCAUUUAGAAAAUAACAGUCCUUCAAGACUUAAAAACAAUAAGACUGUUGAGGAGCAUAAGGAGCAUGAACCUGAUUUACAGACGCAGAGCGAGAUGAGAAGGGAAAGCAACGGAUCUCCCAAAGACACUGCAGUCACGAACCAGAACGGUGAUCAACCUCAUGAGAAUGUAAUACAUACCCAGAUUAUCAAAAAGGACAACCCAUUUUUCAACUAUAUGCAGGAUAACGUGGACGGAAGUGAUGAGAAUGGAAAGAAUGAUGACGAUGAUGAGAAUGCCAAAAACGCCGGAAGUGAUGAUAACGAGGACCAGCUUCUUCAGCCAAACAGAAGAAAAAAUAGUAAGGAACGGCGUAGGAGCUCAGUAGCUACGAGUAAGGAUAGUUCGCCAGAUGUGCCAUAUAAUACCUUAAACCAUAACGCGAGCGGGAUGACAAAAGAAGGUAAGAAAAGGGCCCAAAUACUCGAGGCAAGUAAAGUAUCCGAAGGACAGGGAAGAACAUAUAUCGCUUACGCUAUCAAAUAUGGUGAUUCAAUUGUGAAGCGGCGUUACAGCGAUUUUGAGAGUUUGCGGAAAGUGUUAGUUAAGUUAUUUCCAAUAAGUUUGAUCCCGCCAAUUCCUGAAAAGCAAUCACUCAAGAGUUACGGAAAAGCAAUGACAUAUUCUAAAUCAAGUUACCUAUUACCAACGGAAAGCGGAGACUCAGUAGAUCUUUCGCUAUCAGUAAUUAACGGACCGGUUACCACGAAUGAUGAGAAGCUCAUACGGCACAGAAUCAGGAUGCUUACAAGUUUCUUGAACAGACUCUUGAAAAACCAGGAAAUAACAAAGACUUCUAUCGUGUACGACUUUUUGGAUCCGAACAAUAAAAAUUGGAACGAUCUAAUCACAAGCUCUCUUACUAUCUCAUCAUUACCGAAAAGUGUUCUUCAGUGCAAUCCAAUAGACCCUACAAACACUACAAAAGCACAUUCAUAUUUGCCAGUACCGUCAUCAUCAACACAACUGCUGGCAUCAAAGGACAAUCAUUCAGCUUCGGACGCUGAUGAGUUCACUAAAAUUGAAGCGGAAUUCAAAAAUUACGAACAAUUGAUACAUUCUGGUUUGUAUAAAUACUCAAGAGCUACUACCAAGGAGGUGAACUAUUUACGGGAAGAUUUGAAAGGAAUCAGCUCUGAGUUUGCACAAUUGUCAACUGACGAAACAAAGAACGAGAGUGGACUAGCAGAAUUACUUUCACACUCCAGUGAUGCAUAUGGGACUCUGCAAGAAAUUCUGGAAACUCUUGUCGGAAAUUUGCAUUACAACAUUAAUGAGCCUCUUAGUGAAUGUGCCCACAUGGCCACUGCUGUGCGGGAUUUAAUUCAUUAUAGAAGGUUAAAGUUGAUCCAAAAAGAUAUCUUAGAAAGGACAAUACUUUACAAGCGAGGUCAACUCAUCAAGUUCCAACAGCAAGAAAACGACCACAAGCAAAUAGACAAUAUGGUAAAGGAAGAGCUUGGUACAAAUGGAGCAGUGAAUCUAGAAAACCCUGCAGGACCACAAAGCUACUCUGGAAAAUUCAUAAAUAAGUUUACCCAACUUGCAAUCAUAAUUAAGGACUCUGUCAGUUAUCAGGAACAAGAUCCUGCAGCAGCUGCAAGAUCCUUAGAGAAAGAGUUGAUACAACUAGAUGAAACAUUGAAAGUUGCUACUAGUGAUCUCGUCGUUAUUUCUGAAACUCUAAAGAAUACUGAAUUACCAAACUUCAUUAAAGAACGUGACGAAGAAUUGACUCAAAUCUUUAAGAAUUAUGCGAAAUAUAUGAAGGAGAAUGCCACUAGAAAUCUUGAAAUAUGGAAAGAGCUACAUAAUCGCAUUCAGGAAGCAUAA